AUGUCCACUCUCCUCCCGAUUUCGCACGGAUCGGUCGUGGCACUGACCAACACCUCUUCGGCUGCUGAGCACGACCAGACCCUGGUCUUGACGCCGGUCGAUGAUGUGUAUCCUCCACCAUCACCGUCGACAACCUCCGCCGUUCGCUUCACCAACAUGUCGGGGCAGACGCUCAACGAUCUGAUUGCGACGGUCUUCUUGCGCGCGUCGGACCCGCCUCCGCCUCCCCCGCCUCAGCAGUUUGACACGCGCGCACCCGAGACUGCCUCCUCCUCGUCGUCAUCCGCUGCGCAGAGGGAUCCUGCCGAGCAGACGCUGUCGCUGCUUUCGCGCGCGCAGCAGCUCUCCGACUCUAUCGGCGUUGUAUCGUCGAACGACGCGCUGCGCGAUAUCUCCACCUCGUCGCUGCGCACGCUCUUCCUGCCCUCGCUCGAGGCGGAGCUGCACCAGGCCGUCCGCACAGGUAUCGACCACGCUUCGCGCAAACGUCGUCUUGCACAGAGCCAAACCGCUGCGGCAAGAUUUCUCAACAGGACGGUGAGGCUUGGGGUGGUACCGCCCAGCACCAAGCAGUUGCUCGGUUGGACGUUGGGCGGUGUACCCCCCUCAGAGUUGGUGGGCAUGGGGAUUGAUACGGGUGCGUGGGGGGGUGGGAGUGCGCCGCAUGUUAGGGAAGCCAAGAUCGCGGUGUUUAAGCUCGAACGUGCGCUCAAGCAGAAUCUCGAAGAGUUCCGACAGGCGUACCGCUCCAAAACGGCGGGAGAUAGGGUUCCGGCGGAUGUGGUGUAUGAUCUGGUCUUUCCGAUGGUGCGCGCGGAGGAUGACGAUGAAGACGACGAUGCGGAUAACGAGACGAGCGCUACGACGGCGCCGGGAGGCAUUGGGUCCGUUCGACAGUAUCUGCUUGCACUGCUCAAUCUGCACGUGCUGCGUGCUGCCCAACUCGUCACGUCAGCAAGCCAGGAGCUCGAGCUGCUUCGAAACAUGCCUCCCCCACCUCCCGUCGAUACACCAUCCGUGCCGACAGACGCCGAGUGGAGACUCGACAGGUCAAGAACAGGACUGGCUACAAGUGGUCCACUCAUGGCUCCGUCCGGAAAGGUGUUGCGUCCGUUUACGAUCACAAAGUCCCGAGAACAGGCGGCGAAGGAGGUGUUUCGUCCGGGUCACAGGUUGCCCACCAUGUCCAUCGACGAGUAUCUCGAGGAGGAAGAACGCCGUGGCAACAUUAUCCAGGGUGGUGGUCAGGCUUCGUACGACGCUCCAACUUCGACGGAAGAGCGUGCCAGACGCAUGGAAAACGAUGGCACCAAGGAUGCAGACGACGCAGAGGAGGAACAGCGCCAAAAGGAUAUCCACUGGGACACCUUCACAGAGCACAACAAACGCGGCGCUGGAAACACCAUGAAUCGAGGCUAA